UGGCAGGGCCCGCACACACACACACACACACACACAUAACAAACUGAUACGAAAACGGAUUUAUUCUCCUGACUGCGCAGGUGUUUUUACUACAGGACAAUUGAAGUAUUUCUCCUCGCUUUUGUACACGACCUGUCGGGAGUUGCUCCGAGCUCCAAAGAGACUCGAUGAAAGAUGACAGAAGAGGUGAUUGUUGUAGCCAAGUGGGACUACACCGCUCAGCAGGACCAGGAACUUGACAUUCGAAAAAACGAGCGCUUGUGGCUUCUGGACGACUCCAAAACAUGGUGGAGAGUCCGCAAUGCCUCCAACCGAACAGGCUACGUGCCGUCCAACUACGUCGAGCGCAAGAAUAGUCUGAAGAAAGCCUCGCUGGUGAAGAACCUGAAAGAUACUCUCGGUCUCGGCAAAACGAAAAGAAAGACAAGUGUUCGUGACUCCUCUCCGACACCCAGCACGGAUGCAGAAUACCCCUCGAACGGGAGUGCAGGAGGCGGUGGUGGAGGAGCCGAACGGAUCUACGACCUAAACAUUCCUGCAAUUGUGAAGUUCUCCUACACAGCGGAGCGCGACGAUGAGUUAAGUUUAGUUAAAGGAGAUCAGGUGGUGGUGAUGGAAAAAUGCAGCGACGGCUGGUGGAGGGGGAGCCACUGUGGCCGCGUGGGCUGGUUCCCUUCAAAUUACGUCCGUGAAGAGCCGGCCUAUGCAGACACAAAUGCAGGUUUUGCAGGGGACACACUGGGGGGCUUUCGCUCCCUGCGAGCAGGCCAGGGGACGGGACUGGCCAACGGUCGUCCGGUGGCUACAGGAAACUUGGUGCUCCACGUGGUCCAGACUCUGUAUCCAUUCAGCUCAGUUACUGACGAGGAGUUGAACUUUGAGAAGGGCGAGAUCAUGGAGGUAGUGGAGAAACCCGAGAACGACCCCGAGUGGUGGAGGUGUAGGAACAGCAGAGGUGUAAUGGGCCUGGUGCCCAAGAACUAUGUGGUGGUGCUGAGCGACGGGCCAACUAUAAAGGGCUCCGCCUCCGGCACUGCCUCGUCACUUGUCAAUCACCUGGGUCCCUCGCGCUCGGGCAGGUUUGCCGGCAAGGAGUGGUACUACGGCAACGUAACACGACAGCAGGCAGAGUCCGCACUAAAUGAGCGAGGAGUGGAGGGAGACUUCCUGAUACGAGACAGCGAAUCUUCGCCGAGCGAUUUCUCCGUCUCUUUGAAAGCAGUGGGGAAGAAUAAGCACUUUAAGGUGCAGUCGCAGGAGGGAGUCUACUGCAUUGGUCAGCGGCGCUUUACCAGUAUGGAUGAGUUGGUGGAACAUUAUAAAAAAGCUCCCAUCUUCACCAGUGAACAGGGAGACAAACUGUACCUGGUCAAACCUCUUGCCUGAAGUCGGCUCUCUCCUACAGGAAAUUUCUCAUCAGCCCACAGUUGACUUGUUGCAUUGCAUUUUCUUUCCUAUUCCUCAUUUCUUUGCUUGUUUUGUUUUUUAAUCAUCUGUACCUGUCUAAUGGGGGACUUGAUUUAAGCCCUGGGACUGGAGGGCAGGAACCUCUUGCGAGAAAAGAGAAUAUUUUUGUUCAAAGCUAGCUUUCGAAGCUUUCAGCUAGACGUUUACACACAGAAUCUGUAUUUUAUUUGAAUUUAAUCAUCACCCAUGUUCCUGUUUUUAAAAAGUAAAUUCAGGCGUGUGUCCUGCUUCUGAGAUUCAAAUGGCUUGUGGGCACCUUUAUUAAGUGACCAUCGAUUGCACUCUUUGCCUUUGGCUGACUGCUCUUCGUUCAUCAAUAGCUGCAACCCGUCACACUCCAACCCCGACUGUUUUAGAUAUUUCACUCUGUGCAUUAAUAUUAUUAAACAUAUCAGGCCAACAGUAGCAGAGAAUUGUCUGUGCUCAUAGCAUGCCACGAGACGCUCAGCUCCUUUUCGUACCAGUAAGCAAUGUUUCAUGUGCUGUUUUAGGGGUAGUGCAUGAGCUGCAUAAUGGGACAUAGCCCAAACUCUGCCUGUACUUUUUUCAGUGCACACUUUAUGAUUUACAGCCAGUUUUCCAGUCUAAACCCACAAUCCAAAGUAUUAUCAACUGAAUCUGACUUGUGAUUGAGUUCCAAGAUUUCCUAAAUUCUAAGUUGUCAUGAAGUUUAUAAUGAAGCUCCAAUAUUUUUUUUGAACGUUGUUAAUGACGUUAACAAGAGCUGUUCCAAUGACUAAGUGUAACAGUUGCACUAAGCAGCAUAUAGAGUAAAACUGUGAGAGGGAGAUGAUUUGACAGCAGCAGAUUGAAUAAUGGUUGUUAAAUUGUCAAAAUAAUUUUUGUUUGGAAGUGGAAUGAAAUUUGAGACACAGCCUGUCACCUUAUGUGUGGCAGCAGCACCACUGAUAAUAAAAAAAACAAUGUAAAUGGUUAACACUACGUUAAAGUUUAUGAUUUUUAACACUUUAAUUCCUCUGUUUUCCCAGUCUAAACAAUGCCAAAAAUGAUAAAUAAUGCCUUCUUAGUGAGAUGUACUGAUUUCUUUAACUGACCGAAAUAUAAUGUAGUGCAAGACUCAAAUCUGUGAGGAACUGUUUACUGUAUGCACCUCUACGUUCACAAAUAGACUGAUCAGAAGCUAUUCAGUCAGUUAGUUAUGUAGUGUAAGAUGAUGCACGAGAACGAGGCCACUGCCUGCUUCUUUCCGCUAGACAGAAGUUGAUUUUUACAGAGAGCUUUAGCACAAACAGAGGAACACGCUUUGCUCUCUGUAUUCUUUCAACCGGCACUUUCGGUGUUGGCCCACUGAAGCACUCGACGAAAAAAGCAAUUGUGAAAUAUUGAAAAUCAUUUAGUGUGCACUAGGCUUUAAAUAAUUAGUCUGCCAGCUGCAUUAGCAUUUUGCAUAUAUGCUGCACUAAAAUUACCCCAAAUCUUUCUAGUUAACCGUAGACUGAACUGUUCUCGCUCAUUCAGACUGUUUAGCUUUUCCCGCUUUUACCUACAGUGCAUACGGUAAACCUUGCUGCAUUAGCUCCUACUAUUAGUAUUUAUACGUCUAACACUAGGAAAAGUUAACCCCAAGGGUUUCUUCAGGUUUAGGGUUUUUAUAAAGGGGCUACAUGCAUCAGUAUGCAUCAGGAAAACAAGGGGCUUAGCAUCUUAGCCUAGCCACUGGUUUGAAUGUGUCUGUCUAUAGCCAAAUGUGCCACCUAUCUGCAGUGUGGCUAUGCUCAGUGUCUUAGAGCUCCUCACACACACAGUCUUCUCCAAUAACCUUCACCUUGCUGAUUGUAAACACUAAUUUAAGAUAAAUAAAUCUUAAUAAACUGAUUUUGUUCUUUUACCUUUGCCAUGUCUGUCUGUUUACCAUUAAGAGUGUUGAUUAAGGGUUUUUUAAAGCUAUGAUGUCUGAAUGUUAUUGAACAUUGUUAUUUAAUUCCUCUUUCCACUGUAUGUACAUAUAUACAUAAACAUAAAUAUAUAUAAAGAGAAAAGAUUAGGUGCUUAUAUGAAUUGUUUAGAUCAAGCAUAAUGGUACUCUACUGUACUGAGUGAGGACAGUGUGGUGAGAAUUAAAAGACUUUUGUUCAAUAAAAGUUUUGCAGAAUAACUGAAACUCA